AUCAACAGUAGAAAGAUGAAAUUUCAGGGUUUGCCAAAAGAGAUGGAAAAGAACGAGAACAGGAAAGGGAGAGGGGGAAAUGGAAAAGAGAAAAGGGGAAAAAAAGCAGAUGUGGAAUCUCAAUGCAAUAUCGGCAGAUCGAAAAUAAUGAAUGGGAGAAAAUUGAGGUUUUCAUGGGCGUCUGACCGCGGUGGUGCACUGGUGGCUCAGCCACGCACUCGAUCGGAGCGUAGUUCAUUGCCUCGAUUAGUGGGUUGUGGGCCAUCUGUUCGGUUCGGGACGGGUCAGGUCGGGUUCAUGGUGACUCGGGAACAAAGGAAUGCAACUCAUGUGAAUUGGGAACGAGGGAAGAUAAUGCUUCUACGGGUCCCACAAUACAUGUCAGGCCCAGCGUCAGUGAUGGGUGAUGGGUGCUGGGAAAGAAUGGUGGGUGCUUCUUCUCUGCAACCAAGGCUACUUUCUUCGUUUUUGGGUGACCAUUUGCUCCAGUCGAGACGACAUCCUCUCUCUCGACUGUUUGGCUACAAUUCAGGGAGGAAACAUGUUUCGAUGCAAUUAUCUAGAACACUUUCUGGCUUGACCAAUCUCUUAUUCAAUAGAAGGAGCAACUUAGAUGAGCUACCAAACAAGCAUAAACGUCUGAGGGCUGGAAAGAUUUCUCCUCGUCGGCCUGUUCCAAGUCAUAUACAAAAGCCGCCUUAUGUAAAUUCUAGAAUGGCACCUGGAAUUGCUACUGGACCUGAAGUGCAUGAUGACGAGGGGAUAGAGUGCAUGAGAGCUUCUGGAAGGCUUGCUGCACAGGUUCUCCAGUAUGCUGGUACUUUGGUCAAGCCAGGCUUAAAAACAGAUGAAAUUGACGAAGCAGUACAUCAAAUGAUUAUUGAUAAUGGAGCAUACCCCUCACCUCUUGGCUAUGGUGGGUUUCCUAAAAGUGUUUGCACAUCUGUGAAUGAAUGCAUUUGCCAUGGAAUACCAGAUUCUCGUCCACUCGAGGAUGGGGAUAUAAUCAAUAUUGAUGUUACAGUGUAUUUAAAUGGUUAUCAUGGUGACACAUCAGCAACUUUCUUUUGCGGAGCUGUUGAUGAGGAAACAAGGAACCUGGUUAAGGUAACCAAAGAAUGCUUAGACAAAGCAAUAUCAAUAUGUGCUCCCGGUGUAGAGUUAAAGAAAAUUGGGAAGACAAUUCAUGAUCAUGCAGAUAAAAAUCAUUAUGGUGUAGUGCGACAGUUUGUUGGCCAUGGGGUUGGACGUGUUUUCCAUGCUGACCCUGUUGUUCUGCAUUUCAGGAAUAAUGAUGGUGGUCGCAUGGUUCUGAAUCAAACCUUCACUAUUGAACCAAUGCUGACCAUUGGUAGCAUCAAUCCUGUAAUGUGGGAUGAUAACUGGACAGUGGUUACCGAAGAUGGAAGCUCAUCAGCGCAGUUCGAGCACACAAUUCUGAUAACCGAGGAUGGAGCUGAGAUACUGACCCAGUGUGAUGACUGAAAAUUUGAAGUUGUACCAUAAGCAGACCAUCCUCCCACAAUUUUUUUUAUCACCUAGAUUUCAUAAGCUUGCACCUCUCAAGUUUCGAACCAAAUAUGUCAUUGUUUCCUGGAGCACCAGUGAUUCCAUCUGUUAUACCUUUUUUUGUUCAUUUUUCUUAAAUGUUCUUGUCGGCAUGAAAAACAUUCUAAUGUGAAGCAGUGUAAAAGAAUAGUGAUGUAUCGUUUAUUCGUUCCAUGUAACCAUUGGAAAAUUAUAAGAACAUUCUUCAUCUUAUGGUGAUAUUAUAUCAUUACAUAUAAUUAGUGAAUAAUAAUUUCAUGUAUCU